CUCGAUCGAAUUUAAUAUCAACAUCGCACUACCGAGCCAAGAGUUGACCAGUGAGAAGACAGAAGCGGUUGACCAACCGGCAAAAGCUACAAGUUCGAGGGGUCAGUCUCCUCCAUGAGAACAGCGUGGAUUGUAUCAUCUCUUUUCUUGUCUUGCGUGCAGCAGGUGGUUUGCCAGAUACGGGUCUUGGCACCUCCAAAGGUGGUGGAAGACUUUACCAAAAACCAUGGAAGGAUAUUUGGGUCCACUUCGACCUUCGGAGCCCCGUUCUAUGGGGAUCGCGUCCUGGGACGCCUCGUUUACGGUGUGCCCAAGAAGGAACACCAUUGCACCGAAGGGGACUACGACAUCCCCGAUGCUGAGGAAUAUACGCCGGCUGGGAAAACUCGCAAAGAGGUCCGGCUCAUCAACAUCGUUUUGGUGGAGCGUGGGACUUGCUCCUUUGUGACAAAGGUGAAGGUGGCACAGAAGAAGAAGGCUCAUGCUGUGAUCAUUGUAGACAACGAGGGAUCACUGAAAACGUCCAAAGAGAUCCAACACAUUAUCGUGGCGGACGACGGAUAUGGUGCAAACAUCGACAUUCCAUCGGUGCUAAUCUCUCGCAAGGAGGGGCAGAAGCUUAUUGACCCUUUGCGACAAGACCCUGGAACGCAGGUCAUCGUGGAGCUCAAUUGGGAUGUCCCAGCAGACAAUGUGGUGGUGGUGGACCUAUGGAUGAGUUCAGCCUCUUUGUCGAGCCACAAGUUUCUCAAAGACUUUGAGCCGAAGCGGAAUGCAUUGAACGAGUAUCUUCAGUUCAUACCGCACUACCACAUCUUUAGCAUGUCAAGCAGCGAGGACUACAAAGAGCUUUGCAGCGACCCUUCUUUACAAUACUGUGCAGAGGACCCAGAUGCCGGUGGUCGCGUCACGGGACAAACCGUGGUCACCGAGGAUGUCCGUCAGCUGUGCAUUCAUGACUUGUACCGCAUAAGAAAGGCCGACAGGGUCAAGAUCGAGCCCAUGGAAGAAUUCACGAAGAUUCCCUUUAUAUCGUCCAAGUGGUGGACCUACACCAUAAAUCUAUUGGACGAGUGCCCCUUGGAUGGCACCAUCGACGCUUAUACCUUCGGUGAGGAGUGCUCCACUCGUGUCAUGAAGAAGUAUGGCAUUGACGUGGAGAGGGUGGAGACGUGUAUGGCGCAGACCAAGGAGGAAAAGCUCAAGGAGCAGUUGACGAACACAGCGUGGUCUCCAAGAGCUUUGAGGAUCAAUGGAUGGAGAUACAGCGGGACCUUAGACGCCGACCUGGUGACCCGCGCGAUCUGUGCGGGCUUCGUGGAGACACCUGAGCCUUGCCAUAGGCUUGUGGAGCCCAGGGAUCCCUUCCUCCCGCUGCCGCCUGGCGGGCCCCCCGGCGUGUCCUUCUCACAGAUGGUGGAGGCAAUUGUGGCAACCGCCCUGCUGGGGAUUUGUGUGAUGUACUUCUACAAGCGCUCCUUGACCCGGCAUGUUCACACAGCUCUUCGGGAAGAGGUGAUGCUGGAAGUCCAGUCGGAAAUGGCUCGGUACAAACAGCUGGAGUCUUGAGACGCGGGCUCUCUGAGCGGCGGAGGGAGACGCCGAUCUUCUUUAGGAAGUUACAACCAAAAGACGUGACACCACUGAACUCAU